CUGCUCAGAUGCCUAACGACUGCACUAGUGAUCGGUUGUGUUGUGGUUUUUGGUUUUUCGCUGUACAUUUGUUGUUUCGCCCUCGUUCGCGCCGCUGUUUUUACGCCUAAUCUGCACCUCCUCCGCCCGUUGACUGCGAUCAGUGCGGACGUCAUCGCCAGACGUGUCGCUCGAUUGAUUAUUGCAAAAAGAAAAGCUUCGAGUACGUUGUAUCUAUAAUUUCUCAACAGAGACUUAAUCCGGAAUGACGUCGACGAUGUCGAAGAGUCCGCGCCCUCUGAAAAUCACAAUCGUGGGCGAUGGCAUGGUUGGUAAAACCUGCAUGCUGAUAACCUACACACAAAACGAAUUUCCCGAAGAGUACAUACCGACAGUGUUCGACAAUCAUGCCUGCAACAUCGCUGUGGAUGAUCGGGAGUACAACCUAACGCUCUGGGACACGGCUGGGCAGGAGGACUACGAAAGACUUCGACCAUUGAGCUAUCCAAAUACGAACUGCUUCCUGUUGUGCUAUUCGAUCAGCAGUCGCACCUCUUUCGAGAACAUCAAGAGCAAGUGGUGGCCAGAGAUUCGUCACUUCUCAAACAACGUGCCAGUGGUGCUGGUGGGCACUAAGCUGGACUUGCGCAUACCCAACUCCGAGAAGUUUGUCACCACACAGGAGGGUAAGAGAUUGCGCAAGGAGAUUCACGCAUCCAAUCUGGUCGAGUGCUCUGCCAAAAAGAAACAGAACUUGCAGCAGGUGUUCGAGGAGGCUGUCCGCGCCGUCGACAAGAAGCCAAAAUCUUCACCCAAGCCAUCCUGCACAUUACUGUGAACUACAUACAUAUACGUAUAUGUACAUAAGUGUAUGCCUAAUGUUUAAUAUUGUUAUUAUACGUAAUGUAUUAUGUAACUCAUUUGUCUGACUCCUUGUGCUUUGUUUUCCAAACUGUGUGUAGAAAAUGUACCGUUAAGUUCUUCAUAUUAUUUAAGUGCUGUUUGUGUCUAAACAAUCAAUUUUCCGUGCGACCAAAGUGCAUUUCUGUGUAAGAAAAAAUAUAAAAUCGAA